AUGUCAACACGUUACCAGUUUUCUCGGUGGCUAGCAGCCAUGGUGGUCGUUCUAUGGAUGAUUGUGAAGCCAGGCAGUUCACAGUCAAAUGAUAGCAGCAACACUGUUGACAUGCCGAUUAGAUCAUUUUGUGGCCCUGUUGAUGUGAUGUCUCCUACAGUAUUCUUCACUAAUCUCAACUCCACAUUUGCUUCGCUCAGAAAAGAGUUAUCCAGGAAAGGUGUCUAUUUUGCGAGAAGCAACAACUUAGGGAAUGCAGAUUCAGUCUAUGGUACCACCCAAUGCAGGCGCUACCUCUCAACAGCCAAGUGUCUGUCUUGCUUCGAUAUUGGGGUUUCUAUAUUGACUGCACGUUGCACUACCCAGAAUGGUGCUUAUGUUAUUCUUGAUGACUGUUUCAUCAGGUGA